AUGAGUCGUCCAAAUCCUAUACCGAAAUCAAAUACUGCUUCAAUUUUCAGACCUCCUGCUACCCCCACUACCAAUAUAAAUCCUAUUCCCUCCUCGUCACCCGCAUUCGCAACUCCAGUACAUCCUAUACGACCAUUCAAUGCCGCUGCAGUUCCCCUACCGAAAGCGAGUAUUCUUCCAAUUCUCCUGCCACCUGCAACAUUAAGACCUUUGGCUUUUCGGACUUUCACAAAAAAGCAUAGUUUGACUUUGACGUCGUCUGCUUUGCAAGUAUUAGCUACUUUCAUUGGGAAGCAUUGUGGGACAGGAUGGAGGGAAGAAGGAUUGGCAGAGAGGGUGUUGGAGGAGGUUGCAAAAAGUUGGAAGAAUAGGAGUGGUGGUGUUAUUGUCGAUGGAGAAGGAACAGAACUGAAAGAGAUUUUAAAAGCCUUGGAGGGGAAUAUGAGUGGUGGGAGGAUAGUUGUAGGAAGGGAAUUAAGCCGGCAGAAUAGUCUGGUUUUGGGAUCAUCACAGCAUGGGGAGGUUAGUCAUACUAGACUUGGAUUACGGCCAGGGAAUAUACAAAGAGAAGAGAGUCAAUCGAGUCUGGGAAUGUCAAUGUUAGAGGUGGAUGACGAGGAAGAUGAAGACGGUCUGAGGGAUCCAAGGAGGUGGCUGAAGGUUAUUGAUGCUUUUGAGCAACCUCGAUUGAUAUACAAUGUUGCUAAGAAGCACUUUGAUAGGGAUACCUCUAAGCCCUCCUUAUUCCCUCCUGCGUCCCAUAAAACACUCAUGUUCCAAAACCGUUAUAAUGUAAUCCAUCAACGUCUCCUACGGAAUGAAUCCUUCCAAACGCCCUCUUUUCAAGGCGGAAAAGCCUCUCUUCAACGCAGCACUUCCGCUAUUGCCUCUCCACAGCAAUCAUAUAAAUUAACGCCGAUAGCCAACCUUCUCGGCCGCAACCGCAGCAACCACAUGCUUCUCGGUCUCCUUAGUAUUUCUCCGACUGGUACCCUUGCAAUCAAUGACCUAACGGGCACUAUUGCUCUUGAUCUCACACACGCGAAAGCCAUCCCUGAAGAUGGCGCCUGGUUCGUACCUGGGAUGAUCGUACUGGUAGACGGUACAUAUGAGGAGGAUGAAACUGGAUCAUCGUCUCGCCUUGGUGGAAAUGGAGGGGUAGGCGGUACUAUUUCUGGUAAAUUUAUCGGCUUCACUAUUGGACAUCCUCCUCCCGAACGUCGUCACGUCACUUUAAGCACAGCCGGUGAAGGAGAUACUACUGCCGGUGGCGGUUUCGGUUGGGUAGAUUUUCUUGGUGUAGGAAGUUCUCGGGCCCUAGGUACCAAAAUGCAACGACUCGAGCAGAAGCUUCUUCGACCUCCUCCCCGCUCUUCAGAUACAGACGAGCCCCCGCUUCCAUCUAAAGGCCGUGUGGUUAUUCUCGGCGAUGUACACCUUGAUAUCCCCCAAACUCUUCAAGCCUUGAAAAAAAUCCUCUCCCUUUAUUCAUCUGAACCAGAAGGGUGCACACCUAUGACUUUUAUCCUACUAGGCUCCUUUGUCUCCCAUGCCGUACUAUCACGUGGCGGAUCGGGAGGUUCUAUAGAAUAUAAAGAAUAUUUCGACUCACUUGCCGCCGUUCUCUCAGAAUAUCCUACUCUCCUUAGUACCGCAACAUUCAUAUUCAUACCCGGCCCCAACGACGCAUGGGUUUCGGCGUUCUCAUCAGGCUCCUCUGUCCCUUUACCCAGAAAGCCCGUGCCAGAAAUGUUCACGUCCCGUAUAAUACGCGCAUUUGCGAGCGCCAAUACCGAAGUGGAGAAGGAAAAGGGGAAAAAAGGUGAUGGAGAAGCAAUCUGGACAAGUAAUCCCGCAAGAGUCAGUCUAUUCGGUAUGAGUUGCGAGUUAGUAGUAUUCCGAGACGACAUCAGCGGACGUCUCCGACGAACAGCCGUCAACCUCAACUCAUCCAAAAAGCCCACAACUGAAAACGACGAAGAUGAAGAUAUAGACAUGUCACCACCCCCUUCCUCUCCUCCCUCCUCCACCCCUCCUCCAGAAAUCGAUCACGAUAUCCAUGCUGCGCGUCGUCUCACCAAAACCCUCCUCGAUCAAGGACAUCUCUCACCCUUUCCCCUCAACAUCGCACCCCAACAUUGGGAUUUCUCAAACGCGUUGAGUAUCUACCCAUUACCUACAGCCAUUAUCCUAUGUGAUGUGGAUAGUCCAGCCUUUUGCUUAACGUACGAAGGAUGCCAUGUCAUGAAUCCUGGGAGUCUAGUGGCAAGGGGGCGAAGGGGUAUGGCGAGGUGGGUCGAGUAUGAUGUUUGGGGGCGGAUGGGAAAAGUUAGAGAGGUGGGGUUUUAG